UGGCGGUGACGACGACGACGACGACGACGACGACGACGACGACGUCGACGUCGACGGUGGUGGUGGGUCGCGGUGGUGGGCACGAAAGUCGCGGUUUCGUGAACCAGAAGAAGAACACGCAGGGAAGGAGAGGCGGAAGGGCAGGGCGGGGGCCACCGCGAAGAAAGGCACGAGCUAUAAAAGAGCCGGCUGGCCUGACGAUGGGCAUCAAAACACCUCCGACAUGAAGGUGUUCGUAGUCACGCUCGUGCUGGCGUUCGUUGCCACCGCAUAUGGCGGUUACAUAAGCAGCGGCGGAGGAUUCGGCGGCAGCGGCGGCAGCGGCGGAGGAUACGGCGGUGGUGGCGGAUAUGGCGGCGGUAGUGGUGGUUAUGGCGGCAGUGGAGGUUGGAAAUUAGGCGGCGGCGGCGGCGGCGGCGGAUACGGCGGCGGCGGCGGCGGUCACGGAGGCGGCGGCGGCGGUUACGGAGGUGGCGGCGGCGGCGGCGGCGGAAAAAUUAUCAAGGUCAAUUAAAUAUAAACUAAGCUUAUACAAAGCUUAUACAAAUCAAAAGAAAAAUAAGAAGUUAGGUAAUUUCACUUCAUAUUGAGAGUUGCGAGAGCAUGCUUUGUAUUAUUUUACAUUCCAUCUGAUGUUGACUCUUGGCUAAGAAGUGUGAUCUUUUGGUAAUUUUCACACUUUUUUGUUUUUGAAUCUUUGCAUCGGGAUCCAUUUCUUCUUAAAGACACCGUUUCUUUCAUUGUGAAAUUUUUUUUUCACUGCGAAAUUUUUAUUUAUUUACACUGGAGGAGGGUCCCCCUAAAGAUGGGACAGAAACGUUUGUAAAUAUCUUAAUAAAUUCUUUAUAAUUGUGCCUGUUCAUCGACGUUAUUCGAUGUGUCUGUCGACCGGCGUUAGCUUUCACUUGCCUAACUUAUUAUUUUUAUUUUCAUCAUCAAGGUCAUCACGCUUAGCGGCGGUAGCGGUGGUUACGGAGGCGGCGGUGGUGGCGGAUACGGCG